AUGUACCUCUACAAGCUACAACCUGCAAUUGUGGAUGUAGCCGUAGAUCCCUCAGUUGUGGUUAAUUCAGAUGAUGAUAGAAUAAACGCCCAAGAGCUAGAGCAAAUGAAGCAAAUUGGAAGAGGUGAUUAUGGAAACGCGCAGUUUUGGGAAUCGAGCGCGACUUACCCGCAUACCUAUAAGCAAGCGCAAUCAGGCUUUCGUAGGCUCUAA